AAUGCUUCAACAUCAACAGGCGGUGAGUAUUCGAUUUCUACGUCCUGCGAGGAAAGAGAGAUAACCAGGUGACAACACCAAACGAAGAGACUUCAUCCGUGAACUGUUCAACAGAGCCAUGUUAUAGGAUUACUACAGCCUAGUAGUAGGCUGGAUCAUUCGACACGACGGCAGCAAAGUCUGGUUCAACAUAAAUCGAGCAUCCAAUUAUGCCCAUCCCGUGGGAGAGGUACAUGCCAGGCGGCUUUUAUCGCCAGCAGAUGACGACUCUACUAUCGCCUAUAGUAGAACUCCGUGAGAGCCCAUUCAGUCAAAUACCGCCUCCUUCCCGCCGAAAUCUGACCAACAAUGCGAACAACGAAAAUCAUUCCGUGGACUCAUACUUUCCUGGCACUUACGAAAGACAUGACGGUGUCCGCACUUCAUUCGGCUCGAUACGCACCAUUAGCAGCACAACUUCCUCCAACAGCGAAAGAAAUGCCUCUCAAUUCCCCGACGCCGAAAAAGAGGAAGCAAAGCUCGAGGAUGAAGUCGAGGACCAUGGGCUAGAUCCUUCCGACCUGAGGGGUACGCAUGGUGUGGCUUCUGCCCCUGCUCCGGCUGGCAUUCCAAAUUUCUCAUUGCCCGGUCGUGGCACGAAAAGACCGAUCUUCCCCAGUCGCUUUGGGGAUGGCAAGAUUGAAACUAUAGACUGGGCAUACAAUGUCCGUGAUUUUGGUCGACAUCGCAGCACAAUGUGCCCGCCGGGCCACUGGCGAAACUUCUCUCUGCCUUCGAACGUAGUCAUCCGGAGGGCUAGUGUUAGUUAGGAGACUCCUCGAAAGCAAAAUCAUUUCAGGCGAGAGAUGUCCGAGGGUACUCUUUAUCUGCAGAGACACUAUGUCUGAAGGCACUUCUAGACCAGUACCUCGUCGUCCUCAAAUACAGAUAUAUAAUGUUAUUCAGAGAGAGAGGACUUUUGCUUGCUUCUCUACAC